CUCGUUUUGCGUCUGCAAUAAUUUGCCCGCGUUGUGAAUGUAAGUGUAAUUAAAAUGUCUUCAGACGAGUUAAAUGAUGAAGAAAAGGGUACCAAUCUGUUAGUAGCAAUGCAACUGCAAAAAAGACCGGAAAUUCUUACAAAAUCGCAAAUUCCGCAUAUGAAAACUAAGAAAAACGAGGCCUUAAAACAAGCAGCCACAGAAUUAGAACGGGAAAUUAGAAAACCAUUAACCAUUUCGCAACUUAUGAAAAAAGUAAACAACAUGAAAACGAGACUAAAAAAAGGUUGAC